AUGCAAUUACCACUCAUGUCUAACCCAACUCAUCUGCCAUGGAUUGUACAAAAGUAUGGCGGAACCAGUGUAGGGAAAUUCCUGAAUGAGAUUGCUGAUACCAUUAUACCUACAUAUAUCAAGACCAACAAGGUGGUCAUUGUAUGCUCUGCCCGAAGUGGAGAAUCAAAAGACAAAGGCACCACCAACAUGCUAUUACGAGCAGCAGAAGAAGCCCUCACAGAAGGAUCUGAAAAGCAUUUGGAAAUCGUUGAGGAGAUCACAAACGACCAUCUUAAUGCAGCAAGAUCGGUUAUUAAAAACAAGGAAAUACUAGACCAUCUCGAAUCUCAACUUAAGACAGAGUGCCUGAAAUUAAGGUCCUUUUUGGAAGCAGCAGAGAUUAUAGAUGAGAUCUCUCCUCGAUCAAAAGAUAUCAUUGUAGGCAUGGGCGAGAAAUUGUCAUGUACCAUCGUCGCUGCUGUGUUGAAGGAUCGAGGUAUUGAUAGUCAACUGGUGGUGCUGAACAACAUCAUUGAUCGAGAAUUCACUACAUUGGAUCAGUCAUUCUACGACUACAUUGCUGUGCGUUUACGUCAAGUGAUAGCUGAAUGUGGAAACAAGGUACCGGUAUUGACAGGCUUCUUUGGCAAUGUACCCGGCAGUCUGUUGACCAGUAUCGGUCGAGGCUAUACGGAUCUGUGUGCCGCUCUUGCCGCUGUGGGAUUGCAAUCACAAGAACUUCAAAUUUGGAAAGAGGUAGAUGGCAUAUUUACUGCUGAUCCAAGAAAGGUGAAAACUGCUCGUCUGUUGCCCAUCAUUACACCAGAAGAAGCUGCUGAAUUGACCUACUAUGGCUCAGAGGUCAUCCACCCAUUCACCAUGGAGCAAGUCAUCAGAGCUGAAAUCCCUAUUCGUAUCAAGAAUGUAGAGAAUCCUUUUGGUUCUGGCACCAUCAUUUUCCCAGAUCAAACCACAAAAUCCACCAAUGGUUAUGCUACGCCGCCACCUACACCGGCUGUAUUGGCUCAGAACGGCUACCAUUUAGAUUUGUCUCGAAAACAUCCCACCGCAGUGACAGUCAAGGAUAAGAUCUGUGUGCUUAAUGUGCAUUCAAAUCGCAAGAACGUCAGCCAUGGUUUCUUGGCCAAGAUCUUUAUGGCUUUAGAUGAGCACAAUAUCAUUGUCGACUUGAUCUCCACGUCAGAGGUGCAUGUGUCCAUGGCAUUGUCCUCGGAUGUGGAUCAGAACAAUUUGGAAAAGGCACUUGUCGAUCUAAAAAAGCUAGGCCAAGUGGAUGUGAAUCAAAACAUGGCCAUUCUAUCCCUUGUCGGCAAACAGAUGAAGAAUUUAGUGGGCGUAGCAGGAAAGAUGUUUACUUCUUUGGCAGAAGCAGGCAUUAGUAUUGAAAUCAUCUCACAAGGUGCAUCAGAAAUCAACAUUUCCUGCGUGGUAUCAGAGGAAUAUGCCCUGAGUGCAUUGAAGGCCAUCCAUGAACGAUUACUGGAUGUUGACCCCAGCGUGGAACUACCAAACUUGAAUGCUGCUACUAUUGAAUAA